AUGAAGGCCAAAGCUCUGUCAGUGAAGGAGUGCACCUGGAUGUCAGAGGAGUGCCACCUAGUGGAGGAGCAGCAUGGAGAUACCCAGAGGGACAACCUUUGUUUACCAAACAUCUUCAGAUCCAAAAAGGUGAAGCCGCUAAUCAAGGUCCAGAGCAGCCACAAUUACCAGGUUUACCACACAGCCAGAGAGCUGAUGAUGGAGGUGCUGGACAGAGAAGCUGUUCAGGAGCUGACUAGAAGAGCUGCUGGUGUGAAGACAGGAGGGAAUCGUUCAUCUCACAGCCAGAGCAGAGAGCAGAGCACGGAUCUCUCUGAGGAAGAGUACACAGAGGCUUUAGCGUGGUUUUCCAUCGUCCUGCGAAGUGGUCUGUCUGCAGGAGAGAACUGCAGCUUUGGCUCUGAGCUCACCCAACAGCUGGACGGAUACCAGGGCAUCCUGAAGAGGAACAGCAUCCAGACCAGCUUCUUGUCUCUCACCAGACUGGGGGAUGCAGACAAGUUGGAAGCUCUCUCUGCUUUCUGUAGCCACCUGACCAGACGUUAUCAGGCCUUAAACACACCUGGCAGCAACCUGGCUGUGAAGAAAUACAGACUUUCCCACCAGCAUGGCCCCUGCUCUCUACAUGUUGCCCUCCUGUGUGACAUGAGCUCAGGGUUUGUCUGUAACAUGUUUCUGUACAGUCCAGAGCAACUCCAGAGGCGCAGCAGGAGGCCUGUAGUGGAGCAGGUGGUCAAACACCUGCUGAGGCCUUUCUGCAACCACAGAUGCCUGGUUCAGCUGGACAGCUCUGCCUGGAUGGAAGGCAGACUCUCAGACAUCUUCUCUGGAUUUGGGGAGAAUAUUAAUUUCGUUCCAGCUGCUAAAAGGCCAGAGAUGAGUUCAACGUCCUCUCAGCACAAACGGACAUCUGAGGACUCGACAUCUCAACUAUUAUCCCACCUGCAGGGUUGGACCGGACCUGCUCUGCUUCCUCUGUCAGACCUGAAGGGCUCCGUCAUCGAUGUGUUCCUACCGGGCCUCUGGGUGACGCUACACGUGAUCUGCAUCAACACAUUUGUGCUCCGCACUCUGCAGAGCCGGGGCUCGGGCCGGCAGGUCAACCUGACGGAGUUCACCAGGACUUUGGCCUCUCAGCUGGCCGUCGACAGCAGCGUCGCCGUGCCGGUUCUGCCACAACUAAACAGCUGCUCAUACCAGGAAACCAGAUUAGCAAACGCUUCCAAGCAAAGGACAAACACUAGCAGCAGUGCUCAGGUGAUGGCAAACGACAAACACAUCUCUGCAGUGAAGCUACAGACCAGGUGGAACAGGCCGGGAGUCUGUGGUUUAGACAACUCUGGGAACUCCUGCUACCUGAACGUUGUGCUGCAGUGUUUGUGCUCCACCGUGCCCCUCGUAGAGCAUCUCCUUAAUCAGGACACACGCAGAGAUCUGGCAAAGUCUAAAUGCCGGUUCGCUGAAGUGUUUGUCCGCCUGCUGGAGGAGAUGUGGCUGGGGAGAAGCUCCAGCUGUGCCCCGCUGGAGGCCCGGUCAGUUCUGUCCUCCAUCCUCCCCCAGUUUAACAACUACUGCCAGCAGGACGCCCAGGAGCUGCUGCUCUUUCUCCUCAACACACUUCAUGACGACCUCAAAAAGGUUGCAAAGCGACAGACGUGCUCCUCCACACGUCAGCUGAGACCAGAACAGAACAGAAACUGUGCCGCUGACUUCACCAUCGUCUCACAUCUGUUUGAGGGCCAGCUGAGCUACAAGACCCUCUGCAUGCACUGCGACCACCAGGCGCACAGCAAACAAGCCUUCACUGUCCUGUCGCUGCCGAUUCCUACAGACAUCAUUAAAUGCUCCAUCCAGGAUUGUCUGUCGCUGUUCUUUGAGCAGACCAUCUUGACAGGCGGAGAGCAGAUGUUGUGUUCGGUGUGUGGGCUGAGGAGGGAAACGGUGGUCCUCACAAGUCUGGACAAACCUCCAGAGAUCCUCCUGUUGCAUCUGAAACGGUUUGGCUGUAAGGGGAAGAACCAGGUGAAACUCAGGACUAACGUUGGGUUUUCCAUGAAGCUCGAUCUCACACCGUUUCUAUCCAGCUCAGCUCAGAAUGCCUCGUAUUCUUCAUACCACCUGUACGCUGUUGUGAACCACACUGGCCACCUGAACAUGGGUCACUACACGGCUCUGUGCCACAACGCUCCGGCUCAGGUCUGGCACUGUUUCGACGACUCCAUUGUCAGAGAGGUACAGGACAGAGUGGUUCAGUCUCCAAACGCGUACAUGCUGCUCUACAGCUGCAAACCUUUCCAAAAGCCAAAGAUUCAAGGACUCUGAGCUCUCCAACAAGCGCCGCAAAUCCAUCCAUUUCUCUUAAUGAAUGGAGAUUUAAACUGUACAUCUCCGGCGCUUGCUGUGCUGCUGGCUUCUCCAGAAUUUCUAGAAAUAAAUUAUAAGGUUGGUCCCUCACUUGUGUGUUGCUGAUAUAAACGUCAGGACCAACUUGCAGCACCAGGACCAACAUAGCAACUAGCAAUUAAUACGCCAAAGCAGGGUGAGUUAGAAGAAUACAACUGAAGAAAUACAGCUAGUAAAUAUAAAAUUAUAUAAAAUAAAAACAAGCAUGAAGCUGUAACAAAAUCCUAACUCAGCCUGUCAUUAAUUUUUUUAAACCACAAGAAGGAAGCAAUACUGGUUUUCACUGAUUUCAAGAAGGGAUUCGACUCAACUGACAGAAAAAAAUGUUCCAAAUUCUACUGGCAUAUGGAAUCCUCCUCCUAUUGUUGAAGCAAUAAAAGGUAUGUAUGUCACCACUUCUGUGGUAGCCAAGACUCCUGAGAGCAACACAGAUCUCUUCUCCAUAGACACAAGAGUACUCCAAGAAGACCCUCUAGCUCCGUUCAUCUCCAUCAUCUGCUUAGACUAUGCUCUGAGGAAUGCAAUCUCGCCCUCCGAUGGUCUGACCCUAAAGUGUCGUCAAAGUAGAAGGCACCCAACUUGCAUUUGCAUAAUGACAUUGCCCUCAGGGAAAACACUCAGUGAAGCAGAAGACCUUCUGCAUCAAGUAGAGUGAGAAACAAAACAGAUUGGACUCGAAGUUUGUGCACCUUAACCCAACAUUUGAGGAGACAUUGCAUGCACUAGAUGGGUCAGGAAUCUAAAAAGUUGAUCAUUUCCUAGAAACAAAAACUGGUAAAGCUUGGAAAGCAUUAAACUCUCUGGGUAUCUCCAAUUAAAACGGAAACCAGAGAGAGAGUAUUCAAGGCAUCAGUGGAAUUCAUCUGGCUUUAUGGAUCCGACUCCUGGUCACUCACAAAGUCACUCUCAAAACGAAUUGAUGGGACUUAUACCAGAAUGCUACGGAUGGUGCAAAACAUCUCCUGGAAAUCGCACCUCACCAACAAGUUGCUAUAUCGCUCACAUCCACGCUGCUCAACCAUCAUUAGGCAACAUAGACCAGCCCUGGUGCUAGAAGACACUUUUGACAGCAAUGCUGGACAGAGAGAGCUGAAUGAAGAACUUUAUUCAUGUCACCGAUUCCAUCGGAGGCAAUUGACCGACUGACAGCCUGUCACUGGUUUUCAUUUUAGUUGUACAUAAAGUUUAUCCACCAACUGAAACUCCUUCACUCCAGUGCAUUUGUCAAAAAUAUCUUGCAACACUAGUCCUUCUUAGCCGGUACUUUCGGUAGUAAAUAAAGGUCUGGCUGCACUUUAUUAUCUCAU